AUGAAAAGUCCUGGUGACUGGACUCCAUACUGCAACCAGCUAGAAUUUGAGGCUGCUGAGUUCCUGUACACCAAAAACCAGAUGUCAGCCCACCAAAUCAACAAGAUCCUCUACUACUGGGGUAUCACGCUUGCUUCAUAUGAUGUUUGGUUCUGGGACCCUCAUGCCAUUGUGCAGAACAUGCUUGCCAAUUCAGACUAUGUAGGCCAAAUUGAUUAUACAUCAUAUCAUGAAUUUCAGGAGAAGGAUGAGAAAUGCCACUAUAAAGACUUUAUGUCAGGAGACUGGUCCUGGCUUCAAUCAGACAAAAUCACACAAGACCUGCAAACACAUGGUACAGCCUUUGUUCCCAUCAUCCUAGGUAGUGACAAGACAAUGGUGUCUGUUUCCACAGGUCAAAAUGACUACUAUCCACUCUAUAUCUCAAUUGGGAAUUUUCACAACAAUGUUUGGUGUGUGCAUCACAAUGCCUUGGUUCUGGUUGGAUUUAUGGCAAUCCCCAAGAGUGUCAAUGAUCCUGCAUUCUGCAAGUUCAAGAAGCAGAUGUUUCACUCCUCACUCUCAAAAAUCCUCACCAAUCUCAAAUCUGGAAUGACAACUCUGGAAGUUACAUGGUGUGGUGACUGCCACUAUUGCUGUUUCAUAACAAUUUAUGGACUGGGACCCUACAUUGUAGACUAUGAAGAGCAAGUGGUACUGGCAGGUAUUGUCAAAAAUUGGUGCAGAAGUUUUGGUAUUAUUGGCAAGCUAGUGCCCUUCACAAAUGACUUUUCUCAUGCCAACAUCCACCAGCUCCUUGCUCCUGACUUGCUGCAUCAACUAAUUAAAGGCACAUUCAAGGACCACCUGGUUGAAUGGGUGGGUAAAUAUCUCAAACAUGAGUAUGGAAAAGCAGGAGCAGCAGAGAUUAUGGAUGAUAUUGAUAGAAGAAUUUCUGUUGUACCCUUGUUCCCUAGUCUAUGGUGUUUUCCCCAAGGGUGUGGAUUCUCACAAUGGACAGGUGACAACUCAAAAGCAUUAAUGAAGAUUCUCAUCCAAUUGUUUGGUGCCCCAAAUGGGCUUUGUUCAUCCAUCACCAAAUCCAAAUAUAUCAAGGCAGUAAAGAAAUCAUGGCAACACUCAAGCAAGCACAAGGCACUCAGUCAGAUGCUCCUUACCAAUCAGUGCCUGGACAAAAUUGCAGCAGCUGUUACAGUCAAUAAGAGCCUGACAGAUUUGUUUGCUUCAACCACCAAUGUGCACAAAGGUUCCUGUCAAGCUGGUUAG